UAUAACCUACAAAAAACCACACAAAAAACACAUGUAAUUUGUUGUAAAACUUAUUUAUUCAGUUGAAUAAAAUUUUAUUUCAUUCAGCCUCAACUGAAUGCCUCUGCACUAUCUACAAAUUUUAAUUGUUUCAUAUAAAAUAUUAUAAAUGCGCUGUAAUUGAAUCACUAUUACGUGCUCUGUGAUUGAAUCGAAUAACGAAAUUGGGAGUUAUGGAUUUAUUUGUUAUUAACAGAUAUAGAGAGGAUGAGGACAAUAAUAUUGUCAACCAGGAAACAAAACAUUUGGAGAAAUUGAAAAAAGAUAUAGAAGAAAGAAGAAAAUUGUAUGCCAGCACACACACUUUAGAUGUAAAUGUAAAGUCUAGUAAACCAUCAAGCGAAACAAAACAAAGCAAUGUUGUUAAAGUUGUUGAGAAAGUUUUAAAAGAUGAAAUUCAGGUGCAAACUUCACCUAUCGAAGUUGACCUGAAACCCCAUAGGCAAGAUAAAAUAACACAUGAAUUUAAAGUAUUAGGGGGAAACGAUUUUGAACAGAAGCCCAAGGUUCAUAGGAUUUUACCAUAUUGGCUAUCACAUCCAUACAGUGUGUCCAGGAACUUGCAAAAUAAAUUGCAUGCCAUUGCUGAUCAGACUUGGUUACACAGUACCCUAAAAUCAACUUUAGAAAGUGAUGGUAUAUCCCAUUUGUUUCCUGUUCAAGCCGAAGUAAUUCCUUUCAUUCUUCAAGAGCAUGAGUUGCCACAACCUCUUUGGCCACAUGAUAUCUGUGUUUCUGCACCUACAGGCAGUGGAAAAACAUUAUCUUUUGUAAUCCCAAUUAUACAGGUGUUGAUGAAGGAUGUAGGACAUCAUAUCAGAGCCAUGGUGGUAUUGCCUGUACAAGAACUAGCUGCUCAAAUUUUUAAAGUGUUUAAAAAAUACUGCCAGAGAACUGGGUUAAAAGUGGCUUUGCUGAGUGGUUCCAUCCCACUGCAUCAAGAACAGCAACAGAUUGUUCGUUAUACUGAAUCACAUGGUUGGAUCAGCGAAGUUGACAUCAUAGUCUGUACAGCUGGUCGCCUGGUGGAGCAUAUUCAAAACACCAAUGGCUUCUCUCUGAAGCAUUUAAAAUUUUUAGUAAUAGAUGAAGCAGACAGAAUCAUGGAAAACAUACAAAAUGACUGGCUCUACCACAUGGAUAAACACAUAAAAUUAGAAAACGAGCUUUUGUCUGGAAAAGUACCAAACUUAAAUUGGGACUGCCUCAUACGACAUAAAGCUCCUCCUCACAAGCUGCUAUUUUCAGCUACUUUAUCUCAAGAUCCUGAAAAACUAGAACAGUGGGGAUUAUUCCAGCCCAAAUUAUUUUCAGCUGCACAAGUUAAUAAAUUUGAAGAUGAAGAUCACAUAAGAAAGUAUACAACUCCAGAUGAGUUGAAAGAAAACUUUGUUGUUUGUAGUGCGGAACAUAAACCCCUCUUACUUUACCAUUUUCUGCUUGAAAAAGACUGGGACAAAGUGCUUUGUUUCACAAACGCAGCUCAGUCUGCUCAUAGACUCACAGUACUUUUGAAUACUUGGAGUAAGGGAAAAAUUAAAGUUGCCGAGUUAUCUGCUGCUUUAGAUAGAACCACAAGAGAUGAUGUUUUAAGGAAAUUCACCCAAUCUGAAAUAAAUGUUCUAAUUGGAACAGAUGCUUUGGCACGAGGGAUUGAUAUUCCUGACUGUAAUUAUGUGAUAUCAUAUGACCCACCAAGAAAUAUAAAAACAUACAUACAUCGCGUCGGCAGGACCGGUCGUGCGGGCCGCAUAGGACAUGCUAUCAUAAUGCUGUUACCCAACCAGACCAAUUUAUUUACGGAGGUAUUGAAAUCUGGUGGAAAGUCUGAAAUACCUGCAAUGAAUGUACAUCCUGAUGUAUUUAGUAGAUUAAAUGGAAGUUACGAGAAGGCUAUUGAAGAAACUAAAAAUUUAAUUAAUUCUGAAAUCCAUCUCAAAGUUGAGAAAUCAAUUGAAUUAAAAAGAGGAUUUAAAUCCAGAAAACGUAAGGCACAAUAAAAUUGUUUUUAAUAUGA